AUGACUCCAUGUUCACAUGAGUCGCUUUACACCGACUGUACCGCCAUCGCGGACCGAAUCGGAUUCAAGAGACCCUCCCUCGAGAGACGUCUUCUCGCGGCCUCCACCUUGGGUAAGAGAAGAAGGGACACUUUCCCAAUUCCUGAAGAUGCCAUGAUGAACGAGGAGACGUUUCCUGGGCCUUUGGUGCUACCGUCCGACUUUAUGACCCAGCUCAACCACGACAUACCGUUGUAUCACCAAAGCUGCAAGGUAUGGCGCGGAUACACGAGAAACGAAGUCGAUGAAGACAGAAGCAAGAUCUUUGUUCUUCCUCCACCCAUCUUUAGCGAACCUAUUGGAGAGGAUAGCGAUUAUUGGGAUAAGCCUAUCGUGCCAGAGUCAGACACUGGUCCUGAGUUACCAAAGUGGACAGCUUCAUCGGCUCAGUUGAAAGACUUGAACGAUUACCUCGCGGCGUUUUACCAUCCUAUGACUAUUCAGCAGUCUCGGAUGCAGCUCAAGUGGCGCCCAUACAAAGGCAACCCGCCAAAGGAGGGACAGACAUAUAUCGGCCUAGAGGUCCCAACCGUCCGCGACUUCUUCCUCAUCAGAUACCGUCCAGGAAAAGAUGGCGUCUCACGUAUGCAGGUCCACGGCCCCGACCUCCUAGACGCCGUUUUGAACAGAAUGCCUCCCAAAGCACACGCAACUGUUCUUCUGGUUGACUUUGACUUGUACGAUCUCAGCGAUGAUGAAAAUAACAACUUUACUGUCACGAAAGCAUAUGGCGGCUCCCGGAUCGUCCUCGUGUCUACGUUCCGCUUACAUCCCGCCCUGGACGAGAUGCAAGAUAUUGAUCGAGAGCACAUGUGGCCUGCUAGCCAUUGCAAGGUCUACGCCGAUGACUUGAUUGCUCAGGAGGAAGAGAUCCAGACGACGAAGCGACCUAAGAUGUCAAACGACGAGCCCCUCGACUCCGACAAACCCCCCAAGUCUAUUUCGGCACUCCCCGCUGCGAUUGAAGCAUACAAGGAAGCCCCCGAGCCAAAGACCAUUGACGAACUGACCGGGGUGUGGCUCGCCCGUGUCGCUUUUGCAGUCUCUCGUGGAUUAGGCUACUGCUUCGGCAUGGAACACUGCACCUACUACGCAUGCAUCAUGCAAGGCGUCUCCAGCACCAGACAACAGAGCCACAUCCCUCCAUACCUUUGCCCUAUUUGCACGACCAAGUUGUCAUGGGAGCUCGGCCCUCUCCUCGGCAGCGGAUCGAAGAUCAACCUCCAGCGCCGCUGGGUAGAGGAGCAGGCCACAGCCCUCAAGGAGUUUUGCGGAGAGCGAAACAAUAUCGCUCAAUUUUCUGCAUUUGAGGCCUGGCUGGGAAAGAGAAUCGAGGAUAUCGAGAAGGAAUAG